AUGGGAGGACCCAACCUGUCUGAUUUGAGAAAUGCAUAUGCAUCCAAAGAGAAGCCAGUUACAGUUUCAGUAGUUCCAAUUCUUGACAGUGAUAUCAGUGACCUUAAAUGUGUUGGAGGGGAUUAUUCAUUUGGAAAUCUUGCUCCCUUAACUGAUGGCACACUUGCUUCUACCAGACCAGAUCACUUCUAUGGAGCUCGGGGUAUGCAUGCUCUCCAGUCAUACCAACAAGAUGGAUUGGGCUCAACUUAUGACAACAGUGCUUACACUCUUACAUCAACUUAUCAUGGCGGUACACUCAAGCUAUACACAACUCAUCUCACUGAGUCCAAAGGCUCAGGUGAUCGCCCUGAAUAUAUUAUGACCCAACUCAAUACUUGGGGCAUGACUGGGAACUUGAUAGCAAAUGAAACAUACUCAAAUGCUCAAUCUCAGCUUCUUCAUUCAAGAUCUCAACACCAGAUGGGCUCUGAGGCAGCUCCUACCGUGGAUGACUCUGAUGUAUCGACGUUGUCUGACGAAGCAGAAUAUUCGAAGGCGCAAUGGAGCUUCGCAGCCCCAACCGAAGAAGGGGAAGAAGAGAUUCUGAGCAGGAAUUCCAAGAGGCCGAGAGUGGAGACCAUGACCUGCACCAGGCCAGCUUCCCUUUUGGGGGUUGAUCAAACUGCAUGGAAGAUCCAUCGUCUUUCGGGGAGUGAGGGGAAGGUUGGCAUUUGGGGGUUGGGUUGCAAUGUAGCAGCUAAUGGCAGGGAUAUUGUCCGGGUGACAGGCACGAAAAAUGAUGCGUCAAGCUUAUGUGAAAUUAAAUUCAACUUCCAUGAAUAUUCCGCGCCUUGCGCCCGAAUACAUGCCGGGGGGAAAGUUAAUCGAGCCCUGAAAUUUUCAAUCCUACUACAUCUGCUUGGCCAGAAUCACCAGAGUGUUCGGGCACCAACAUCUCCUCGGAAUAAUUGGUACCGACGGUCCGGAAUGAUCUUCACCAGCUAG